AUUUUUUUCAAUUUGAUGCCUUCUGCAGGGAGAAGCAGCACCAAUGGGCGAGGGAGGUGAAGGAGGGCAAAUAGUGGCCAUGGCAGACACUGCUGCUGCCACUGCUGCCACUCCUGCUCCUGCUCAAGAAGGCCAGCAGGCACGUCAACCUACUGCAGGAGAGUCUUUCAUGGCCAUUACUAAGUCACUUAUAAUCAGAGCAAUCAUAAUCUACUUUAUCACAUCAUUUUUCAGACGUCCUGCACAACCAACUGGGCCUCAAGGAGGAGCAGAAGGACAGGUGGAUCCCACUGGACGUAUCCCUGCCAUAAACCUUUUUGAGGAUGGGACAAAUAUGGAUCUUUAUGUUUACAAGGCUGAGUUUGACCAUUUUAAUCAGUUCAGUGAUCCAAAGGCUUUAGUGUGGUUUAAAGAGGACAUUGUUUAUGGUGACUGGAUUGGUGGACCCAAUGGAGAUGGAACACACACACACACUAUUGUUUUCCCAGCAUCUGAGCGGUUACGGAACAAUGGCUCGUUGUAUGUCCACGUGUACUUUGUGAAAAGUGGGUUCUCCCCUGAUCCUAGCAGUGAACUUUACAGCAAAAAGUACACCCUGUACACCACACAGCGACUCAACAAGUACAAACGACGUCGCUACAAGAAGACCAGUAAUUUAAUCACUGGAGAAACCAAGCUGUCUGAUGAGGAGGUCUUGGUAAAGUAUUUAAAUUAUAGUCUGGUAUAUUAUACCAUUGGAUGGCAAAACUUCUACUACAGUGAAAUACCCAGAUGUUGCACAAGUAUCUCAUUCGUCAUCUUAUACCCCAUUGCUAAUUUUGGUUUUCUUGUCAUCACUUUUUUUUUUUUUUCUUUUAGAUAUAAACCCAUCACGUUCCUGAACACUUACUGGAACUUGGUGAAGGAUUACCAGGCCAUCAAUAGCACCUCUGAGAACCUGGAGUUGAGCCACUUCCAGCCUCUGUCACUUUUUAAGUGGCAGUUGUAUGCAGCUCAAGCUAUGAAGAGCAGAUGGCCUGGGACUGCAAUGUUGGAGGGUCUGGGUGGGGAGGAGGACGAGGAGGAUCAAGACACCAUCAAAGAAGCUUUCCUUGAGACCUCUCCCUAUUUGCUCGCUCUCACCAUCAUCAUCUCUCUCCUCCAUUCAGUCUUUGAGUUCCUUGCAUUUAAGAAUGAUAUUCAGUUUUGGAACAACCGUGAAAGUCUUGAGGGUCUGUCAGUGCGAUCAGUCUUCUUCAAUGUAUUUCAAUCAGUGAUAGUGCUUCUCUAUGUGCUGGACAAUGAGACCAAUUUUGUCAUCAAGGUGUCCUGCUUUAUUGGUCUUGGUAUUGAGCUCUGGAAGAUUACUAAGGUCACUGAUGUUUCUCUUAACCGGGAUAAGAGGAUCAUGGGUAUCCCUACCCUCAAAUUUACGGACAAAGGGACAUACAUCAAGUCAAACACAAGGCAAUAUGAUGAACUAGCCUUCCGAUAUUUAUCCAUUGCACUGUUUCCCCUGCUGGGAGGCUACUGCAUAUACUCCCUUGUCUACCAUGAGCACAAGGGGUGGUACUCAUUUGUACUCUCCAUGCUAUAUGGCUUCCUCCUUACCUUUGGGUUCAUCAUGAUGACGCCACAGUUGUUCAUCAACUACAAGCUCAAGUCUGUGGCUCACCUUCCAUGGCGGAUGCUCACCUACAAAGCACUCAACACAUUCAUUGAUGAUAUAUUUGCUUUUGUUAUCAAGAUGCCAACAAUGUAUAGGUUAGGCUGCUUAAGAGAUGAUGUUAUCUUCUUCAUCUUCUUGUACCAGAGGUACAUCUAUCGUGUAGAUCCUUCAAGAGUGAAUGAAUUUGGGUUCUCCCAGGACAUGGAGAAGGAGGCAAGAGAGAAGAAACAAGGAGCUGCUCUGGGCAAUGGUGCUGCUGCAGCAAAACUAGACCCACCGAAGUCUUUAGAAGAGAAGAAGGAGGAUUAAACUUGUAUGUGAAUGAAAAGUAUAUAGUAUUGUAAAUGUAGUUUCCAUAGUGUAUAUGGGGAAGUUUUAUAUGAAUUAUCUUCCACGGGAUGGGAAGUGGUUAUGAUAAAUUGUAUCAAAAAGACUUGUAUCUGAAUGGUUAUCAAUGCCUCUUGAACUUGGCUUGGUGAACAAUGCUGCUGUGCCACUUGAACAAAACGUUUGAGAGUUCUUUUACAGCUGGAAUUUAAUUCUUGGGAUGCUUGGCCUUCAUGCAUUGGAGUAAUGUACUUUAUUUUUGCCUAUUCCAAGAAUUAUUUUACUUAUUAUGCAUUGUAUGUUUGAUAGGACUGAAGUGUGCAGAUCUUAGUUUGCUGAAUGCUGAGUAAAAAUCCAUUGAUAUAUAAACAUCCUGUUAUCUUAAGGAUGUAAAACAUUGUGUAAAAGUCUGUUAUCUGGUGACAGAUCCCUGGGACCACUACCAGCCAAGGAAGGGAUUAGUUUUGACAUUGGUAAUCACUACCUGGAGGAAAAAUAUGUUAUGAUCUUCUCUUCAUAAUGUGGUAAGGGUCUCUUAGGUUAGACGAAAUAUUGCAUAUAGUUCAAAUUACAGGCCAAUAAUGGUAAAAAUGUAUAUUUUUUUCCUGUACACUUAACAUGCCACAAAAGAAUUCAUCAUAAGAUGCAACCAUAGUUGACUGUAGAUUUUUUUAGUCAUACAGUAUUUAAUUUUUUAAUAAAUUUGAUACUGUUUUUCUGAUUUAUAGUUCUAAAUACAAGGAAUUUAUAGUAAUGUUUUAUGAUUAAUUUAGUAUUUAACAUAAUAUAUUUAUGUUUUGUUUAUACCCAGUGCUGAUUAUUGUGGGGAUGUGGGUAAUGCGUGAGUGUGUGGUUGUUUGUCCACACUUUACCUAGUUGAGUUUGCCAGAGUUGCAUUUUAGUGCCAGAGCUGGUCUCUUAACUUUCGAAUCUCUUAUGUGAGCUAGCCCAUAUCAACUUUACCGUGGAAAUCAAUUAUGUCACUGACGUCAUUCUAUUUCUGCAUUCCUUUGUAUUUCCUAAUUCAUAUGGUUCAUAGGUAUUACUGCUUCCAUCUGUGUUAGCUUGUCCUGUAUCCAUAUAUAUCCAACAGCCUAUUAUCAAGGGAAGGGGGGGGGAUACAGUGGGGCCCAUGCUAACCUCCCUGUGUUUAUAAAUAUACCUAUUGGAUGAAUCUUAUUGUAGCCAGCUGGUACAGUGGUUUAUGCACUGACUUGAUGUUUUACGACUCGUUCGCCAUGGGUUUUAACCCCACCCAUAAGUGGUUUGUUAUCGUUGUGCUAUUAUGACUUCGUGAUUCAGGAUGAAGGAUGAAAUGUCAUGUGAUCAAUAUAUUCAAAGUACUUCAUAGGUAGAGAAGGAUUGCCUGCACAAGGGAAGCAACAAUAACAAGAGAGAUGAGGUGAAAAUUACACACCAUAUGAGUCACAGAUAUAUCAGGAAACACUUAAACAUUAGUUCUACAGAAGUGGAAUGGUUUGUAGAGUGAAACAGUGGAAGCUGUCUCCAUAUAAGGGAUCAUAUAGUAGGUAUAAUGAAGCUGUUUCAUAUCACUCUUGUUGAGAGUUUAAGAUUGGAUCAAGAGGUAUGAGCUCAUCCUCACAGACUCAAAUAGGUAAUUGUAAAUAGGUAAUUACACACAUAUCAUAUGCAUAAUAUUAUGGUAUACUAAUUGUAAGUUUCCUUAAUGCAUAAUUUGCAUGCUCAUUCUUAACAGAUGAAUUUUUUUGAGGUUCCUUUUGUUGUUUAUUGAUGGAAAAAUAUAUUAACAAAUUAUAAGAGCAGCAGGAAUGUAAGGGAAAAAAAGGAAGAAAUUCUCAUGACUGACCUUGGAUACGUAAGAGCACUUAGACACCUGUGUUGAGCGUAAUGCUGUAUUAUCCCUAUUGUCACUUCAGUGUGUAGACCUAACCGUUUUCCCUUAUUUAAUUUGGUAAACAUCCUGAUUAGGUUCAAACUAUUUGGACACGUAUGAUAAAUUGGACAGUCCGUCAUAUAAAAUGUUCUGUAAUCCUAUUUGUUUAUUCUGCAAAUAAUGCAACCAGCAUGUUUGCUUUCACGACUGAAUUGUCUACGUGAGAAUUUGUAACAUCUGUUUUUAAAAUAAUGUAUUGGAUUUUAUUAAUUAUUUUUUUAAUUACUGGAAAAAUUUUUGAAACUAGAUUUUUUCUCUGACUGAGAUGGGUAUAGGAGAAUUUUCCUAUGUUUUAAAAUAUGAAAUUUGGUCUUUUACUGUUUUUUGUGGUAAUUAAAAAGUAAUUUUUUGCCUAAUAUUUUUAUUAAAGAGAGGGAAAGGGAAUGAUUUUCCUAUGUUUUCCGGGUUUGAAAGUAAAUGUAUUUGAGCAUAUAAGAUAAAUGUAAUUAUAAUUUUUGUGAUAUUUUAUAUCUAGUAAACAUUGGAAAUGCUUCAUAGAUAUUUUAAAAUCCAUAUUCUUCCUGUCAAGAACUUGAGCAUCAUUUAAUUGCUGACUAUAAUGUAUAAAAUUUUCAUCCAGUCCAUGUAUACAGGUGGUAAAAUUGUGUAAUUGUUUCAUGCAAAAUUAAUAUCAUGUUGAUUGUCCUUCACUUGUAUCAAAGUGUUUGCUGAUCUUGUAUCAGGCGGGAAAAAUGCUGGUAAUUAGCUGUUCUGAAAAAUAAAUACUUAUGAUCCUUAACUUCUGGAUGUUUGAUUUGUAUCUUUCUAAAUAUGUGGUUAGCUGGUCCUGAAUAUUGGUGUUUAUUGUAUUUUCUGGAGCAAGAUAAAAAUUUUAUGUAAAAUUUGUGCAGGUUUCUCGUUUGGGAACAUUUGGUGUUUAUAAAAUCUGGAAAGUAAAUAUGUGUGUAAGACUUUUCCCAAAGCCACCCCAGUUGUAAAGCCAUUCCUGCAGGGGUUUAAGUGGUUUGUAAACUGGCCGGUGUGUAAGCCACUUGGCCAGCCGGGCCCAGUGUGUAAGCCACUUGGGUAGCUGGCCCAGUGGGUUACACACUGGCCUGGAGUUUUACAACUCACUUGCCAUGGGAUCAAACCCCACCAGUUCCGUGGUUUAUUAAAAGCGAACAGGUGUAUGCAUAUAUAUGUUCAAAGGUUGUACAGUAUUCGCAUAUCUAGCAGCAGAAAGUAUAAAUGCUGUGUGUAUUAGGUCUUUCAUCGCUGUCAGAGAUGUGUCCUUGGGGGUAUUAGUUGUGGAUUAAGAAUUUACUCGAUAAAUGCAGCGAGUGCAAUAUCCUGUGAGAAUAUCUGUUGUGUGUGAACUUGGCUAACAUAUAGCCAACAGGAGUUUGAUUUCAUAGAUUUUUUUAAUGAUUUGUGUAACUUUAUUUACAAUUACACUUAAACAACUGUUAUCAGCUCCUGCUUUAAGGAAGCUUCAUUUUUAAACCAUUAUUUUAGUACAUUAAUACUGGUAGUGUUAUUUUUAGUCUUGCUCUAUUACUAUAUUUUGGUUUAGUAUUUAUUUACUAGAUUUUUGUAAUUAUUUUUGAGUGUAUAUAUAUUUUGUAAAUUAACAGGAAUAGUUGUACUCUCAUAUGUAGGAAUGAAUAACUUAAAUUUUUUUUUUUUUUUUUUUUCAACUUAAAUAUUGGCAUUAAUAAGAUAAAAAAAUUCAUGUGUAGUGACUUUUAUGGUUUGCUGAGAAAUGCGAGGUGGCAAAAUUGUGAUACUGUAUUUUACUCCGAGUAAUAUAAAGAUUGAAAGGGCAUAUUACCAACAGUAGUGAAGAGAUGACACAUGUUCCAGGACAAGCUUUUAUUGAGUCAGUGUUUCCCUUUGUAGAGCGUUAUGUAGUCAUCCUGACUUGAUAAAGCUCUACACAGAGUCAAACAUUGUUCCAACAAAGGCUUGUUCUGCACACCUUUUCUUCACAAGUCUAUGGUGUAUACAAGGCUGACAGUUUUCAUUACUGUAUACUGAGGUUAUCCAGUUGUCGUCAAGGAUAUAAAUGGCUUCAUAGGCUUUUCAGUUUCUUGUUCAGUAUUAGAAUCAAUUACAAAAAGACCAAAAUAAAGAAUAAUUGUUAUCAGGAA